GCUCCUCUCACACGUCCAGCAGCCACCACUCGCCCUCGCCGUGCCUCAUCUCAUCGAACGAUCCUCCCCUCCAUCUCUCGCCAUCCACCGCACAGAGCCACGAUGAGCGCAUCGCAAGACACCGUGUACCAGGCUACCUGCACCGCACCGGUCAACAUUGCCGUCGUCAAGUACUGGGGCAAGCGCGACACGUCCCUCAUCCUCCCGACCAACUCGUCCCUGUCCGUCACCCUCUCCCAAGACCACCUGCGCUCCCUUACCACGGCCCGCUGCAUCACCUCGUCCACCUCGACCUCGACCUCGCCCCGCGACCGCCUGUGGCUCAACGGCGACGAGGAGGACAUCAACGAGGGCGGCCGCACCGCCAGGUGCCUCGCAGAGAUGCGCUCGCUCCGCCAGAAAAUCGAGGCCGACAACUCGUCCCUCCCCAAGCUCUCGUCGCACCCGCUCCACAUCGCGUCCGAGAACAACUUUCCGACCGCGGCCGGCCUCGCGUCGUCGGCGUCGGGCCUGUCGGCCCUGAUCGCGACCCUCGCGCGCCUGUACGACCUCGAGGCGCACGGCGUCUCGCAGUCGGACCUGUCGCGCAUCGCCCGCCAGGGCUCGGGCUCGGCGUGCCGGUCCAUGUUUGGCGGCUACGUCGCGUGGGAGCAGGGCGAGCGCGCCGACGGCGCCGACUCGGUCGCGGUCGAGGUCGCCCCGGCGUCGCACUGGCCCGACCUGCACGCCCUCAUCCUCGUCGUCAGCGACAAGAAGAAGGGCACGCCGUCGACCGCCGGCAUGCAGCGCACCGUCGCCACCUCGGCCCUCCUCCAGCACCGCAUCAAGCACGUCGUGCCCGAGCGCAUGGACCGCAUCUCGCGCGCCAUCCGCGAGCGCGACUUUGACCAGUUUGCGCUCGAGACCAUGGCCGACUCGAACCAGUUCCACGCCGUGUGCCUCGACACGGUCCCGCCCAUCUUCUACCUCAACGACGUCUCGCGCGCCGUCAUCCAGCUCGUCACCGAGCUCAACCGCGCGUCCGGCCGCGCCGUCGCCGCCUACACGUACGACGCCGGGCCCAACGCCGUCCUGUACGUCCAGGAAAAGGACGUCAAGCUCGUCCUCGACGUCGUCCUCCAGUACUUUCCCCAGUCGGCCGCCUCGUUCCCGGACCCGUUCGCGACGGGCGUCGCGCCGACCGGCAGCAAGGAGCGCGUCGCCGGCCUCGACGGCUUCAACGCCAAGGUCAUCCCGCAGCACGACGAGGGCGCCGUCGCACGCGUCAUCCACACAAAGGUCGGCGACGGCCCGCGCACGCUCGACAGCGCGACCGACGGCCUCCUCGACGCCGAGGGCCUGCCCAAGAGCCUCGCCAAGUGAGGAGCAGCCGGUCGCGUUCGGGCUGACGGGCGGAGCGAGGUUCAUGAGGGUUGACGAGGGCGUGGGCGCGAGGAGCGGGAGGCGAGGACGUUUUUAGAGGUCUUGGUAUCGGUCGUUUCGUCGCAACUC